AGGCAAGCCGCCAGAAUACGCAUGCGUAUUAAGAUGAGCUGCAUGUCCCUCACAGCUUCGAUUUCUUUUUGACUUCACAUAUCCAUCUCAUCAGGUAGCUUUUCCCUUUGCAUUCGUUACUAGUCUCCAGGGGAGUUGUCUCAGAAGUCACCUUUCUUUUUAGUUCGUUUGCUAUAGUCCGUCAUGUUUUAUUCGAUUGCUCGAACAGUAGGCUUCGUGGCCUUACUAUGUCCUACAGUACUCUCUGCCGCAGUACCAGCUCCUCCUGAGGCACUCAACGUUCCCUGGAAGAGGGGUGGCAUCUUCUCCAACUUCCACCACUACGAUGAGCGCGAUUAUGGAUGUUCACAUGGGCCAAAGACGAGGUCAUGCUGGAACAACGGCUUUAGUAUAUCCACAGAUAUGGAUGAGAAGUGGCCAAACACUGGUAAAGUAGUUACGUACGAGCUAGAGAUCACAAACACAACCGGCUCACCAGAUGGUCUGUCGAGGCCGAUGUUCCUUAUUAAUGGGCAGUAUCCGGGGCCGACCAUUGUUGCCGACUGGGGUGACACGCUUUCAAUUACUGUGAAGAACUCCCUUGCCAAUAACGGUACUAGCAUUCACUGGCACGGGUUGAGGCAGCUUGGGACGAACCAAAUGGAUGGAACAAACGGCAUUACUGAGUGCCCAAUUGCCCCUGGCCAAAGCAAGACCUAUACAUUCAAAGCUACCCAGUACGGGACAUCCUGGUAUCACUCUCAUUAUUCUGUCCAAUAUGCCGAUGGCAUUGUUGGUGGGAUCAUAAUACGAGGCCCUUCCACUUCGAAUUACGAUAUUGAUCUGGGAAUAUUGCCCUUCACAGAUUGGUUCCACGUACCUUCGUUCACAGUGAAUGCUGCAGCUCUCCAUGCUAAAGGCCCCCCAAUUGCUGAUAAUCUACUAAUCAACGGUUCCAUGACUUCGGCCUCAGGAGGAAAAUAUGCCGUCACCAACUUGACGCCCGGAAAGAAACAUCUUCUUCGCCUAAUUAACACUGGCGUGAACAACUAUAUUCACGUCUCUUUGGAUGGACAUCCUUUCACUGUAAUCGCCGCGGAUUUUGUCCCAAUUGUCCCAUAUACGACAGAUUCACUUGUGAUCGCCGUCGGUCAACGUUAUGAAGUCAUCAUAGAUGCAAACAAACCUGUGGGCAACUACUGGCUGCGCGUUGGAACUGGAGGUGGAAAGUGCGACGGCCCGAAUGCCAACUCUGCCAACAUCAAAAGUAUCUUCCACUACGAUGGUGCGAAUUCUGCAAACCCCAAUUCGACUGGAAUUACCCUUCCGACUGGAUGUUACGAUGAGACUAACAUCGUUCCUUACGUUAAGACCACUGUACCACAGAAAUUGCCCAAGAAAAUAGAACUGGGUUUCACCAACACCGCCACUAGUGACGGUUUAGUUCAAUGGCUUGUGGACUCGAGUAUGAUGCAAGUUGACUUCACGAAGCCGACGCUACAGUACAUCCUCGAUGGGAAUGACACCUUUAAUGUCGCUGAGAAUGUCUAUAUCGUCGGCGAAGCUCAUCAGUGGCAGUACUGGGUGAUCCAACAAACCAAUACUGCGCCUCCGCUCCCUCACCCAAUCCAUCUCCACGGUCACGACUUUUAUGUUCUGGACCAUGCCGAAAACACUCAAUGGACGGGUGACAUUUCCAAACUGAAGAUGGAAAAUCCUAUCCGCCGUGAUACCGCAACUCUUCCAGCUGGAGGAUAUCUCGUCCUUGCCUUCGAAUCUGACAACCCUGGCGCGUGGCUUAUGCAUUGCCAUAUCCCGUUCCACGUUUCUGCCGGUCUUGCGUUACAAUUCCUAGAACGCAAAAGCGAGAUCUUGAAUACUAUUGGCGAUCUCAGUGGCUUCAAAGACGGGUGCAAGACUUGGACUGCUUUCCAGGAAGGCUUCCCCGGUGGCUUCCAUAUCGGGGACUCGGGUCUGAAGGUUUGAGCUCUGGACGUGAGCCAUAGGUAAGUGAGUUGUUGAGUACAUACCUAUGAGAUACCCAAGCGUGCAUUCUUUCAUGCAUUUUUUUGGCGUUGCUACUGUUGCUGGGUUUAGCAAGUCAAAUUUCGCUUCCUCUAAAGCUUUGGCUACAUAUUAGUCGUGAUAGAGGAUGGAGGGAGGAUGAUCCUACGUAAU